GCAUCUCUGACACGUAGCAUGGCGUGACAACCACAGACGGAAAAGGCAAGAGGAAGGAAGGAAGGAAGGAAGGAAGGAAAGAAGGAAGGAAGAAGGAGGAGGAGAAGGAGGGAGGGAAGGAGGAAGAGAGACAACUCCGUCCAAAAAAAAAGAACGUCGGCGGACAGGAGAAGGGAGGAAAGAGUGGCAGAGAAGAAGAGCAGAGGGUGUCGCAGCCAUGAUGUCGGACACACCUUUGCAGAGGAAUGGCAGGACAACAACACUACGGAUGUCGUGCGAGGAGGCUCAGCUCCACAAGGAGAGGUUGCAGGCAUUGGCGGAAAAGCGAAAACGCCAAACUGAAAUCGAGGACAAGCGAAGCCAGCUCGAUGAUUUGGUUUUACAGCUGCAACAUGUCAAGUCCAAAGCCAAGCGGGAGCGAUGGCUCCUCCAGGGAGUGGCGGCGGAGGAAGAAGAGGCUCGGAGAAAACAGUUGGAUCAGGAUGAAGAACACGGGAAGAACCUGGAAGACAUGAUUCACAGGCUUGAGUCAGAAAUCAGCCGACUUGAGAGUGAAGAGUCUCAGAUCUCAGCUAAAGAACAAGUUCUCCGAGAACGCUUGAAGGAGACGGAACGCUCAAUAGAGGACCUGCAGAAGAGUCUGAUGGUGCACGAUGGAGAGACCACCGGCUGGCCGUCCACUCCUCUGUCGGACCACACAGACCUCCAUCCCCACCACCUCAUCUCCACCUCGCUGCCCCAGACUAGUCCACCUGUGCCUGGGGUGAAGGCCGCUGGCAGACCUGCAGCCAUGUUUGCGACGGAGAUCCAGGUCCAGCGUGACCCUCACAGCGGCCAGCAGUGCGUCCUGUCGGCCAAUGGCGUGAGGCCCUCCUCAGAGGCGGGGGCCCGCGGCGUCAAAGUCUACGACGACGGCAGGAAGGUGGUGUACCAAGUCUCCUCCGCUGGUGGUGUGUCCACCAGCUCCAUGGAAAACGGCUGGAGCUCCUCCCAGGUGGAGCAGCUCCUCCACGGAGCAUCCAGGCCGCUCGGCGACAGCAAGGGUCAGGUGUCGGUGACCCCCGCCGACGGCAAGGAUCUGUCCCCGCCCUCCUGCGCCCCGCCAUCCAUCCCGUCGAGCCCGCCCGCCCGGGUGGAGACGGCGCCCAUCACCACGCAGCCCGGCCCCUGGGAGCUAAGCCCCGCCCCCGAGCAUCUCCUGGAGGACAGCAGCGAGAGCAGGCGACUGCUGCGCUUGGACGCCACGGCGAAGGCGGAGGUGGUCCUCAUCGACGAAGACGACGAGAAGUCUCUGCGGGAGAAGACCGUCACCGACGUGUCCAUCCUGGACGGCACGGCCGCCGACCUGGUGUCGGGUCGGCCCGCCACCUCUGAGGCCGCCAGCACGGAACUCUCGUCUGACAGCGCCGCCUCGCCCCCUCGCCACCCCGACGCCAACAAAGCCCCGCCUCCCGGCCUCACACCUGCCACAGGCUAUGGGGUUGCCGUGACGACAACAAAGGGCCAUGAAGCGGCAAUGCUGAGCAGACAUCCUCAGACUGCCAUGAAGUUGUGGCAAGAUGACAGUGGCACUGCAACAAAGGAGCGAACCUUGAAGACUGUCAGUUUCCAGGAAUCAGUCAGCAUCAUAACUGACGGACCACUUAUUAUGGAAGUGGAGAGCCAGCAGAUCCAGCAUGGGGGCCUCAGCAGACCCACUGACCAAGGCCACAGUGACAGUGAGCUAGAACAGGAGAUUCGCUACCUGGACCAGGUGCUGGAAGCAGCCUCAGAAACACCCAGCAAUGGAAACUCCUCCCCCUCAUACACCACAGCAGCUAGCGUUGAUGGCAAAUAUCCUUCUGUGACUGUGUCCAAUGCACCUCCCACAUAUCAGCAGCCAAUCACGCUGGAGGGGCCAAGACAAAGCACCUUCGUCCACCAGGACCACUUGGGGACAAAAACGAACGGACAUGUACCAAGGGAUCCAGAACCCAGCCACACGAGUGCUAAGUUUGAGCUGAGAGCUUUUCAGGAAGACAAAAGGCCUGCAAAACUUUUUACUCCAGGAGAGGAGCAACAUGUCAGAGUGACCAGGAUACGGGAUUCGGAGGAGGUUCAUGAGUUGGAGCGUGAGCGCCAAGAGCUCAUCAAAGAUCAGGCGGUGAAGAAAAACCCUGGCAUUGCUCAGCGUUGGUGGAACCCUCCGCAAGAGGUUCCUUUGGAGGAACAGCUGGACGCGGAACAACUCCAGUCUCUGAAAAAGUACCAGGAGAGGAAACAGCAGAAGCAUCAUCAAAGUUAUGCACACACACAGCCCCAGCUGACUGGGCCCCCCACAUUGGUGACCCUUGACCCAGAGCUAAUCAGGAAGGAAGACAUUGUAGAAAAAAAGAUUGACUUCUCAUCUGCCCGGAAGCAAUUCCUGCAAGGGGAAGUGACCAAAAAUUCGGUGGCUCCUCAUAUGUACUGCGCCAGGCCCUUCUCAAAGUCCGUGCCGAGGGGCAACCAUGGGAGCAACAGCAUCCUUACAGAAACCGCAGAGUGUAACGUGACCUGGUGUGAUGAUGGCAUUCCGGAAGAAUUUACCAGUGUUCGAGCUGUAAUGACAAAUCUCAGUGAUGAAGAGGAAGGCAAGAGCCACUUCCACCCAGAGGAGUCCGACUCGGGAUUGGAUGAGUUUUCAGUGCGCUCCCAGGACACAACGGUGUUUAGCUUGGAUAGUGUUUCAGACAGCGGAGCCUCGCUUCCCCCGACUCCUCUGCCACUUACCCCAGUGUCACCGCCUACACCCCAGCCUACUACCCCAGUCAAUGGGCAAGCCACCGGCAGUGGGGCUGAGGAGGAGCUGGAAUAUCAGGCAGAGGUACUUGUCCAAAAUGUCAUCCAAAAUGCCCUCUCCACCAAUGGAGGUGACUGGCAGUUGGAUUCUUCACAAAUGAGCAGCCCCGUGUCUUCAUCCUCAGCUUCAACAAGCAGCCCAGUGCCAGUUUCCUCUUCCCCUCUGUCUUUUGGGGAAUCUGACCGUCUCCAAGCCCCUGUGUCCUACAGCCAUGCUACAUCUAACUCAUCCCCACAGCUGGACCGGUUGCCAGAGGCACAGGUUGCCUUCCCAGAGAAGCUGAUAGAAACACAAGACCAGCAACAUUCAUCCAAUCCAAAACCAACUCCUUCUCAAACUGUCUCUCCACCACAGAGACCCAAAGAGAGAGGACCCAGGAUCAAGAUCCAGUCUUCUUAUACCAGAGCGCUUGCUUCCUCAGCUCCGGUCACUGCGCCAGCUUCGUGCUCUAUCCCCAUAGCGCCUGUACCCAGGCCAACACCCGUCUGCCGUCCCCCUUCUCCUUCAAGCCCAGAAAAGUCGGACUUCAGCUACUUCAGUAAAUAUUCCGAAGCAGCUGAACUUCGCAGCACGGCAGCAGCGACCAAAGGCCCUGAGGUGGAGGUGGCGAGCGGGCCGUUCCGCCUGCGCUCCAAAAAGCAACGUACAUUGUCCAUGAUCGAGGAGGAGAUCCGAGCAGCUCAGCAGAGAGAGGAAGAACUGAAGAAACAGAGAGAGGCUCAGCCUGAUAUCGUUCCUCAUGCCAGGAACGCUACUGACAGCAGUCAUGUUCCUGCAAAAUUGGGACCGCGGAAAAGCAGCGUAAACCCGGCAGACAAGCUGAAGAGCAACAGCUUGCCAACGAGACUCACGCUGACCGCCAGAACAGCACCAGGAAAGAUCGAGAAGGUGCGAGCAGGACCGCCUGUGUCGCCCUCGCCUUCAGAAGGAACUCUGUCUGAUGCCGGCAGUGAGGACUCAGGAGGACCACGACCCAAAAACUUCAUGCAGACCCUGAUGGAAGACUAUGAAACACACAAGGUGAAAAGGAGGGAACACAUGGAGGACAACAGUUACGCCCGUUUGUUGCUGGCUAAUGAGGUGUUGGAGGCCACCCGUGUGACCAGGAGGAAAAGUGACAUGGCGGUGAAGUGGGAAGCAGGCAUCUAUGCCAAUGAGGAUGGACAAGAAGAAGAAGAAGAAGAAGAAGAAGAAGAGGAGGAGUAAAGAAGGAAUGGAGGAAAGAGUAUUUAUUGAUGAUGAUGAUCACAUGACCUCAGUUGGAUGGUGAAGGUGUCAACAGUUUGUAGCGAGUACGUCAGAUAAGCAGCAGGUGAUGCAAGAGACGCUUGAAGGACUUGCAAAGUAUUCACAGGGACUUGGACUGUCAAUCAUCCUUGGAAUGAGUGAGUGAGUGAGUGAGUGAGUGAGUUAGGCUCAUGCAACAUGUUGUAUCUCCAUGACACCUGUGAUGAUGUCAUCUGUAGUCAUGCAAAAUGUUGUAUCUCCAUGACACGUAUGAUGAUGUCAUCUGUAGUCAUGCAACAUGGUGCAUCUCCAUGACACCUGUGAUGAUGUCAUCUGUAGUCAUGCAACAUGUUGUAUCUCCAUGACACCUGUGAUGAUGUCAUCUGUAGUCAUGCAACAUGUUGUAUCUCCAUGACACCUGUGAUGAUGGUAGUCAUGCAACAUGUUGUAUCUCCAUGACACCUGUGAUGAUGUCAUCGUGAGUCAUGCAUCAUGUUAGAUCUCCAUGACACGUGUGAUGAUGUCAUCUGUAGUCAUGCAACAUGUUGUAUCUCCAUGACACCUGUGAUGAUGUCAUCGUGAGUCAUGCAUCAUGUUAGAUCUCCAUGACACGUGUGAUGAUGUCAUCUGUAGUCAUGCAACAUGUUGUAUCUCCAUGACACCUGUGAUGAUGUCAUCUGUAGUCAUGCAACAUGUUGUAUCUCCAUGACACCUGUGAUGAUGACAUCUGUAGUCAUGCAACAUGUUGUAUUUCCAUGACACUUGUGAUGAUGUCAUCUUUAGUCAGUUACAAUUGUCAAUAAUCACUAAUAGUCACACUCCUGUCUCCUCACCAGAGGGCGCUGUCUCUAGAUGACAUCACAACAAUAUAAACACAGUUGCAUAUUGCUUAGAGUAUUCAAUAACAAAUGUGUCCGCAUCAUUCAAUUUACAGCAUUUUGACCUUAACUUAAUGAAUUAUUUUAGCCACUAGGUGUCGCCAAGAAAAACAAUUACCACUCUAGGUCAACUUAAAGACUGCGUGAGUCUAUUCCACACUGCUAAUAAUGUAUAGGUUAGUGAUGAUGAGUACAACAUGUGACUAAGGAGUCGGUUUUCCCUGCUGAGUGAGGUUUAACAGGAAGGACUGCUGACCGCGUGUUGUGUUGGUGCGUGCAUAUAUAUAUACAUAUAUAUAUAUAUAUAUAUAUAUAUAUAUAUAUAUAUAUACUCCAAGGUUAUUAUACUGUCUUUGACAUAUUCCCAUGUAUUCUUGUGUGCUCAUGUGACCACAGAAAAGUUGUGAGUCUGCCUAUUUACAAACCCCGUUUCCAUAUGAGUUGGGAAAUUGUGUUAGAUGUAAAUAUAAACAGAAUACAAUGAUUUGCAAAUCCUUUUCAACCCAUAUUCAAUUGAAUAUGCUACAAAGUCAACAUAUAUUGUAUGUUCAAACUGAUAAACAUGUUUUUUCUUGCAAAUAAUCAUUAACUUUCGAAUUUGAUGCCAGCAACACGUGACAAAGAAGUUGGGAAAGGUGGCAAAAAUACUGAUAAAGUUGAGGAAUGCUCAUCAAACACUUAUUUGGAACAUCCCACAGGUGUGCAGACUAAUUGGGAACAGGUGGGUGCCAUGAUUGGGUAUAAAAACAGCUUCCCAAAAAAUGCUCAGUCUUUCACAAGAAAGCAUGGGGCGAGGUACACCGCUUUGUCCACAACUGCGUGAGCAAAUAGUCAAACAGUUUAAGAACAACGUUUCUCAAAGUGCAAUUGCUAGAAAUUUAGGGAUUUCAACAUCUGCGGUCCAUAAUAUCAUCAAAAUGUUCAGAGAAUCUGGAGAAAUCACUCCACAUAAGCGGCAUGGCUGGAAACCAACAUUGAAUGACCGUGACCUUUGAUGCCUCAGACAGCACUGUAUCAAAAACCGACAUCAAUCUCUAAAGGAUAUCACCACAUGGGCUCAGGAACACUUCAGAAAACCACUGUCACUAAAUACAGUUAAAGCUCUACUAUGCAAAGCGAAAGCCAUUUAUCAACAACAUCCAGAAACGCCGCCGGCUUCUCUGAGCCCCGAGAUCAUCUAAGAUGGACUGAUGCAAAGUGAAAAAGUGUUCUGUGGUCUGAUGAGUCCACAUUUCAAUUAGUUUGUGGAAAUAUUCGACAUCGUGUUACCCGGACCAAGGGGGAAGGGAACCGUCCAGACUGUUAUCGAUGCAAAGUUCAAAAGCCAGCAUCUGUGAUGGUAUGGGGGUGCAUUAGUGCCCAAGGCACGGGUAACUUACACAUCUGUGAAGGCACCAUUAAUGCUGAAAGGUACAUACAGGUUUUGGAACAACAUAUACUGCCAUCUAAGCGCCGUCUUAUUCAUGGACGCCCCUGCUUAUUUCAGCAAGACAAUGCCAAGCCACAUUCAGCACGUGUUACAACAGCGUGGCUUUGUAAAAAAAGAGUGCAGGUACUUUCCUGGCCCGCCUGGAGUCCAGACCUGUCUCCCAUCGAAAAUGUGUGGUGCAUUAUGAAGUGUAAAAUACGACAGCGGAGACCCCGGACUGUUGAACGACUGAAGCUCUACAUAAAACAAGAAUGGGAAAUAAUUCCACUUUCAAAGCUUCAACAUUUAGUUUCCUCAGUUCCCAAACGUUUAUUGAGUGUUGUUAAAAGAAAAGGUGAUACAACACAGUGGUGAACAUGCCCUUUCCCAACUACUUUGGCACGUGUUGCAGCCAUGAAAUUCUAAGUUAAUUAUUAUUUGCAAAAAAAAAUAAAGUUUGAGUUUGAACAUCAAAUAUCUUGUCUUUGUAGUGCAUUCAACAGGAUAUGGGUUGAAAAGGAUUUGCAAAUCAUUGUAUUCCGUUUAUAUUUACAUCCAACACAAUUUCCCAACUCAUAUGGAAACGGGGUUUGUAAAACUAUUAUUCAGCAGUUAUUUCAUUGGUGUGUGAAUGUGGAAUGAGUGUCAAAGCAGAUUGACAUUCAAAGUAGAACACAAAGCAGCAUUUUUCUACUCUUCUACCCAGCGUGAGAAUGUCAGGAGGAUGGUGAAAGUGAAAGCAAAAGUCACCAAUGUGUCUUGUCCAAGUGUCCUUCAGCUUGGCACUGACCUCAGGUCAGUGAGGAUGGCACACAUUGUGUUUGUCGCCAUUCACUCAAAAUGUUUGAUCAAAACAACAAAAGCCGAAGUCCCCGUGAUUGUUUUGAUUCACAUUUGAUCAAAUACAACAUGGGGAGUAUUAAUUUCAUUUGAUCAUGUACAACAUGGAUAUUAUUAAUUACAUUUGAUCAUGUACAACAUGGGGAGUAUUAAUUACAUUUGAUCAUAUACAACAUGGGGAGUAUUAAUUAUAUUUGAUCAUGUACAACAUGGGGAGUAUUAAUUAAAUUUGAUCAUAUACAACAUGGAGAGUAUCAAUUACAUUUGUUCAUGUACAACAUGGGGAGUAUAAUUACAUUUGAUCGUAUUCAACAUGGGGAGUAUUAAUUAUAUUUGAUCAUGUACAACAUGGGGAGUAUUAAUUACAUUUGAUCAUAUACAACAUGGGGAAUAUUAAUUACAUUUGAUCCAAAACAACAUGGGGAGUAUCAAUUACAUUUGUUCAUGUACAACAUGGGGAGUAUUAAUUACAUUUGAUGGUAUACAACAUGGGGAGAAUUAAUCACAUUUGAUCAUAAACAACAUAGGGAGUAUUAAUCACAUUUGAUCAAAUACAACGUGGAGUAUUAGUUAAAUUUGAUCAUGUACAACAUGGAGAGUAUUAAUUACAUUUGAUCAUGCACAACAUGGGGAGAAUUAAUCACAUUUGAUCAUAAACAACAUAGGGAGUAUUAAUCACAUUUGAUCAAAUACAACGUGGAGUAUUAGUUAAAUUUGAUCAUGUACAACAUGGAGAGUAUUAAUUACAUUUGAUCAUGCACAACAUGGGGAGUAUUAAUUACAUUUGAUCAUAUACAACAUGGGGAUUAUUAAUCACAUUUGAUCAUAUACAACAUGGAGUAUUAAUUAAAUUUGAUCAUGUACAACAUGGAGAGUAUUAAUUACAUUCGAUCAUGUACAACAUGGAGAGUAUUAAUUACAUUUGAUCAUAAACAACAUGGGGAGAAUUAAUCACAUUUGAUCAUAAACAACAUAGGGAGUAUUAAUCACAUUUGAUCAAAUACAACGUGGAGUAUUAGUUAAAUUUGAUCACGUACAACAUGGAGAGUAUUAAUUACAUUUGAUCAUGCACAACAUGGGGAGUAUUAAUUACAUUUGAUCAUAUACAACAUGGGGAUUAUUAAUCACAUUUGAUCAUAUACAACAUAGGGAGUAUUAAUCACAUUUGAUCAUAUACAACGUGGAGUAUUAAUUAAAUUUGAUCAUGUACAACAUGGAGAGUAUUAAUUACAUUCGAUCAUGUACAACAUGGGGAGUAUUAAUCACAUUUGAUCAUAUACAAAAUGGGGAGUAUUAAUUACAUUCGAUCAUGUACAACAUGGGGAGUAUUAAUCACAUUUGAUCAUAUACAACAUGGAGAGUAUUAAUUACAUUUGAUCAUGUACAACAUGGGGAGUAUUAAUUACAUUUGAUCAUAUACAACAUGGGGAUUAUUAAUCACAUUUGAUCAUAUACAACAUAGGGAGUAUUAAUCACAUUUGAUCAAAUACAACGUGGAGUAUUAAUUAAAUUUGAUCAUGUACAACAUGGAGAGUAUUAAUUACAUUCGAUCAUGUACAACAUGGGGAGUAUUAAUCACAUUUGAUCAUAUACAAAAUGGGGAGCAUUAAUCACAUUCGAUCAUAUACAACAUGGGUAGUAUUAAUUACAUUUACUGAUAUACAACAUGGGUAGUAUUGAUCACAUUUACUGAUAUACAACAUGGGGAGUACAUUCUUAUGAGAAGGUCCAACAAGCCUAGUCAGUAACAGGACAAAGAAAUACUGCAGUAAAUCAGCGUGGGAAAUAUUUUUUAUUGCUGUGUUGACGUGGAAUAUUCUACUUUCCUAUAUGCAAACAAGCUCCACAGGCGUUGUAGUUUAUUAAGGAAGUAAAGUUUAUUAAGGAAGUAAAGCUUCUACCUUUCUUUGUUGUGUCCCAAACUGUCCAAGACUUUGAUGAACACCAUUGUUGUUGUUUGGGUUGUUGAUGAACACCAUUGUUGUUGUUUGGAUUGUUGAUGCAGAGAAGAUGUAUUUAUCAUUGCAAUGUAGCUUGGUUAGCAUUUGUGAGGACAGGAUGUAUAACUUCCUGCGUUAACCACUUCAUAUUGUGUUACAGAACAUGUACGGCUCAGUUAUUCGCUUCUUUUACAUAUUAUAAAUAUUUUCUCAUUAAAUACAAAAACCUGGAAAAUAA